AUGCCACGUCUUGCACGGCGGCAGGAGCGGAGGCGCCGGAGGACGGCGGGGAAAGACAGGCAGCAGGAGCCGCUAGUGGGGGGCCGGCAGGACCUACAGGUGGGCGGGCCGCAAGGGGCCCAGGAGAGGGCCCGGCAGCCGCCGGUGGGGAUGGGGCAGCAGCGGCUGCGGAGCGGAGGGCAGCAGGAGCUGCCGAGCGGAGGGCAGCAGCAGAUGCAGAGCGGAGGGCAGCAGCAGCUGCAGAGCGGAGGGCAGCAGGAGAUGCGGAGCGGAGGGCAGAAGCAGCUGCGGAGCGGAAUGCGGCAGCUGCAGCAGAGCGGAGGGCAGAAGGCGUGGGAGGCUGGGGGGCAGCAGAAGCUGAAGGCUGGGGCCCAGCAGGGGCUGCAGGCUGGGGGGCAGCAGGAGCUGGCUGGAGGGCAGCAGGAGCAGGCCGGAGGCCAGCAGGCGUUGGAGGCGGAGAUGGAGGUGGAGCAGGGGGGCGGGGAGCAGCAGGAGCUGCAGGCUGGGGGGCAGCAGAAGCUGCAAGCUGGGGCCCAGCAGGGGCUGCAGGCUGGGGGGCAGCAGGAGCUGGCUGGAGGCCAGCAGGCGUUGGAGGCGGAGAUGGAGGUGGAGCAGGGGGCCGGGGAGCAGCAGGAGCUGCAGGCUGGGGGGCAGCAGGAGCAGCAGGCUGGGGCCCGGCAGGGGCUGCAGGCUGGGGGGCAGCAGGAGCUGGCCGGAGGCCAGCAGGCGUUGGAGGCGGAGAUGGAGGUGGAGCAGGGGGGCGGGGAGCAGCAGGAGCUGCAGGCUGGGGGGCAGCAGAAGCUGCAAGAUGGGGGGCAGCAGGAGCCGCAGGCUGGGGGGCAGCAGGAGCCGCAGGAGCUGGAGAUGGAGAUGGAGGAGCCACAAGAGGAGGCGCGAGGGGAGCUGCCGCCCGGGCAGCACAGGCCAAGCAGAAAGGCCGCGGGCACGGCGCCGAAGGGGGCGAUGACAGGGAGGGCAGAGGGCUGGGGGCCAGCCGGGGGUGACCGGAGCAGCUCAGGGAAAGCAGCAGCCAGGGGGACAGCCAGGGGUGACUGGAGCACCCCAGAGAGAGCAGCAGCCAGGGGGACAGCCGGGGGUGACCCGAGCACCCCAGGGAGCGCAGCAGCCAGGGGGGCAGCCGGGGGUGACCGGAGCACCCCAGGGAGAGCAGCAGCCAGGGGGGCAGCCGGGGGUGACUGGAGCACCCCAGAGAGAGCAGCAGCCAGGGGGGGAGCCGGGGGUGACCGGAGCACCCCAGAGAGAGCAGCAGCCAAGGGAGCAGCCGGGGGUGAUUGGAGCACCCCAGGGAGCGCAGCAGCCAGGGGGGCAGCCGGGGGUGACCCGAGCACCCCAGAGAGAGCAGCAGCCAGGGGGGCAGCCGGGGGCGACCGGAGCACCCCAGGGAGCGCAGCAGCCAGGGGGGUAGCCGGGGGUGACCGGAGCACCCCAGGGAACGCAGCGGCCAGGGGGGCAGCUGGGAGUGACCGGAGCACCCCAGGGAGAGCAGCAGCCAGGGGGGCAGCCGGGGGUGACCGGAGCACCCCAGGGAGAGCAGCAGCCAGGGGGGCAGCCGGGGGUGACCGGAGCACCCCAGGGAAUGCAGCAGCCAGGGGGGCAGUCGAUGGCCGACCAGGAGCAGCAGUUGGAGGAGUGGAGCCGACUUUGGAGUUAGAUACCCCCAUGGCGACUGCAGAGGAGUCAGAGGUGGACGGAGAACCUCCUAGGCCGCCUUCCCCAUGCCCCCGUUUUCCGUGUGAUACGUGUUUUCACACAUUCGCUACGCGAGGGGCUGUUGCGAACCACAUGAGGGUGUGCCGGGCGGCUGAGGCAGAGAGUCGUGCGCAGGCACUUGGCUCGAUCCCGUCUCUAGUGGAGACCGACACGCAGGAGCGACCGACGCCGCGGGAAUUUGGGGACGAGGCGUGGGCCGGGGUUACGUCAUGGGAGUGGGAAGCAUUUUUCAGUGUGGAGGCCGUUGGAGGGAGGACAGUGCGCCAGAUCCCACAGCGGGCCCGGUCGGGGGUCUUAGACGCGCUAUGUUGCGUCUUAAAGCGUUUGAAGAGCCGACCGGGGGAUGAAGCCGCUACCCUCCUACUCUUGGCGUUUCCGCGCCUCAUCCUAGCCGUGCCUCCCAAGCCAGGCAUAGGUCAGAAGGCGCUAAUCACAGAGCGGCUGGGGGCGUUCUGGGAGGGGAGGUGGCGGGAGCUGUUCGACUCUGCCAUGGUGGCGGCGCGGCCAGCAGUUCGCCCACUUGCCUACACUUGCUCUGACAAGGACCCGGAUGCCAUCCGCCUGUCACGGUGCCGAUCUCGGUGUAAAGUGGGAAAGUGGAGCCGUGGAAUGGCUUGCCUUACAGCAGGAGAGUUGGCUCGACCGUCUGAGGCCAUGGUGCAGUCGCUGCGAGAGAAGCACCCUGCUAGCACUGGCGAGUUCUCCCACCCAGCCGUCGCUCUCGCUCCCACCCCGCCGUAUCCUCUCCCUCACUACCCGCCUUCACCUCUCCUAUUCACCUCACAGUCACUCAGUCCCACACCACGAUCUCCUCUUCCUUACUUCCCCGUCGUCGCCUCUCCCUCCUCCCCGUCGUCGCCUCUCCCUCCUCCCCAUCGUCGCCUCUCCCUCCUCCCCGUCGUCGCCUCUCCCUCCUCCCCGUCGUCGCCUCUCCCUCCUCCCCGUCGUCGCAUCUCCCUCCUCCCCGUCGUCGCCUCUCCCUCCUCCCCGCCGUCGCCUCUCCCUCCUCCCCGCCGUCGCCUCUCCCUCCUCCCCGCCGUCGCCUCUCCCUCCUCCCCGUCGUCGCCUCUCCCUCCUCCCCGCCGUCGCCUCUCCAUCCUCCCCGCCGUCGCCUCUCCCUCCUCCCCGCCGUCGCCUCUCCCUCCUUCCCGCCGUCGCCUCUCCCUCCUCCCCGUCAUCGCCUCUCCCGCCGUCGCCUCUCCCUCCUCCCCGCCGUCGCCUCUCCCUCCUCCCCGCCGUCGCCUCUCCCUCCUCCCCGCCGUCGCCUCUCCAUCCUCCCCGCCGUCGCCUCUCCCUCCUCCCCGCCGUCGCCUCUCCCUCCUUCCCGCCGUCGCCUCUCCCUCCUCCCCGUCGUCGCCUCUCCCUCCUCCCCGCCGUCGCCUCUCCCUCCUCCCCGCCGUCGCCUCUCCCUCCUCCCCGUCGUCGCCUCUCCCUCCUCCCCGCCGUCGCCUCUCCCUCCUCCCCGCCGUCGCCGCUCCAUCCUCCCCGCCGUCGCCGCUCCUUCCUCCCCGCCAUCGCCUCUCCCUCCUCCCCGCCGUCCCCUCUCCCUCCACGCGGUUGCCUCUCCCUCCUCCCCGCCGUCGCCGCUCCCUCCUCCCCGCCGUCGCCUCUCCCUCCUCCCCGCCGUCGCCUCUUCCUCCUCCCCGCCGUCGCCUCCGGCGACAGGUGCACGAGCGCAAGCGUGAGUUGGUGCGCGAGCGCGGAUUGCCUAGCCGCAUUGCCGCCCUCUUCGCGCUAGUCGCUCUCGCCUCUCUCCUCACCUGCAUCUUCCUCUCCCUCCCACCCGCGGCCCCUCCGCCGCUCCCCCUCGUCCCCCUCACCGCCAUCGCCGCUGCCGCCCACCCACAUGCCGCCGUGACUGCCGCAGGAGGGAGAGGGGGAACAGCACGGCGGUUGCAGGGGCUGCGCGCGCCCCGUGACACCAAGCGCAAGUGGAAUGGCGGAAGCUUCCUCGAGUUCUCUGCGGACGAGAGUGCGCGCAUUAACGGACUGGGGGGGAGUGGAAGUGCGCGAGAUGCGCGGGCGCAAAGGGAGUCGGGAGAAAAGGGAGCGGAAAAGACGAGGAACAGCGGAUGGCCAGGCGUAAACAGGCGGGGCGGAGGGAUGGUGUGGCGGGUGGGAUGGUGGGGAGGUGGGGGUGGAUCAGACGGAAGCAAGUCCGAUGCCGUUGGCGCGAGCGACGAGCGCGCACAUGGCGGCGUGGCGGAGAGCGCGAGGGCGCUGGCAGUGACGGCGAGGGGCGGGCGCGGCGGGCUGCACAGCGAGGGCGGGAAGAGCCGUGGGGCGCGGGAGGCCAAGGGGGAAGCGCAGGACGCGGUGGCACCAGUGGUUGAGGCGCAGCAAGUGGAGGGGCGCGGAGAGGGGGGGGGAGGUGUGGCGACGGGGAUGCGAGCGGUGGGGCGGCUGGCAGAUAUGGAGGUGCUGCCGCUGGGGCAGGGGAUGGGGGGACGACGACAGGCAGUGGCAGGGGGGGAUGAGGGGGGGAGUGCGUGUGAGCGGAUGGCAGGGAGGGCAGUGCAGAGGGUGGGCAGGCGCGGGGCGCUGGUACCUGAGGAGGGCCGCGCGCCCGCCAACGCCACCUCGCCUGCGCGCAGGGGCGGGGAGAGCAGGGCGCGCGCAGCAGCGGAGGGGCGCGGGCAGUGGCGCGUGCGGCGCGUGGCGCUGCACCCGGCAGUGCGGCGCUCCACGGGGCUGCCUCUGCGCUGCCACCAAUGGCGCAGCGACGCCGUCUUCCUCCUCUCCGCCGCCCUGCCCGGUCACGGCCUCAGCCCCCUCCUGCUCGUGCGCCCCCGCCUCCCCACUUGCCCCCUCCCCACCAUCUUCCCCUCGAAGCUUUCUCACAUACUCCCCUUGCUGCUGCGUUCCCCUCCCUUUCCUACUUACUCCCCUCUGGUUUCCCUCUUCAUCCCCUCUGCUUUCCCUCUUAGUCCUCCUCUCUGCUUCCACACUUGCUUCCCUCCCUGCUUUUUUCCCUCCUCAUGCUUCCUCGCUUCUUCCCCGCGCUGCCCCCCCAUGUGCACGCCUCUCUGUGGCGCCAUGCCAUGCCGAGGCCAGGAGUUGGAUGCGCGCCUGCAGGCGGUGGGGCUACAGCACACGCUUGCCCUCGUGCCGCGCAACGUCUCACAUGCCCAUGCUCUCAGGUACGCCCCUCUGUACCGCGCAGCACCGCAGGGCGGGGGGCGAGCAGGGGCGGGGAGGCAGGACGUGCGGUACAGUGCAGCGCAUGCAGAGGUGUGGGCGCGCGUGGUGGCAGCACGGAUGCCGUUCGCCCUGGUGCUGGAGGAGGACGCCCUCAACCGCAGCGAGGGCGUCGCCGCCUGGCAGGCGCGCUUCGAAAUGCUGCUGUGGGAGCUGAAUCUGCUGAUGCUGCAGCGCGCCGACCGCUUCUUCUUUGACGUGCUGCUGCUGGCGCGCCACGGCCUCGCGCCCUACGCGGAGCAGCAGCUGGCGCCGGGCAUCGUGAGCGCGCAGCCCAGUGAGGCCAUGCACGCCUACCUUCUCUCCUACGCCGGUGCCAAGCGCCUCCUCGCCCUCUCCCGCUUCCACUCGCCAGUGGCGGAGAGCACGGGAGGCAUCCCUGGCAUGACCAUACUGGCAGCGGAGCCACCUCUCUUCGCCACCACCAUCUUCGCCUGCUCGCCCAAGCCCUGCCGCACACCGCCGCCUGCGCUCUCCCUGCCCGCCUCCACGCGCCUCACCCCUGCCUGCCGCUCCACCAUCCUGCUCACCCUGCCCGCCCACCCCUCCAUGCCCGGCGCUGCCCUGCACGCCCCCUGGCGCAUGCACGACCCUGUCCCCGCCGGCCCACGCCCCUCCAUCCCCUCCUCCUCGCCUGCCUUCUGCCCACACCUCUCCCCCGCGCAGUGCCUGCUCGCAAACCACCUGCCACGCCUGCUGCCCCACGUGCGCGCCCCUCCUCUGCUCCUCCUCCCCCCCACGCUGCCCCCAUCGCUGCCCCUCUGGCCGGCCUACGUGCUCUCACUGCGCCGGUCCCCCCAGCGCCUGCAGCGAGUGCUGCCGCUGCUGCAGCAGCAGGGCUUCGGGGACGUGGUGGUGGCUCACGGCGUGGAUGGGGGCAGGGGACAGAGAGGGGGGGAAGGGGCGCAGGGCAGGGGGGAGGAGGCGGAGGCGGAGGCGGAGAGGAACCUGGACGUGUUUGGGGGGCUGGUGGGGGCGGGGGCGGUGUCGGUGACACGGCGCUCCAUCAAGUGGCACAAGCUGGCGGAGCGGCGGCGCGAGCGGCUCACGAGAGGGGAGGUGGCGUGUGCUCUCUCGCACUACCUCGUGUGGCUUGAGGUGCUGCGCAGGAAGCUUCCCUACACCAUUAUACUAGAGGAUGACGUCACCUUCACUACAAGCACAUUCCGGGCCGACUUUGAACGGAACAUCGCCGAGGCCAAUGAGCUGUUGACACGUCAGCACAGCCCGGAGUCACCACCAGACAUCAUGUUUGUGGGGCACAUGGGGGUGCUGGCAGGCCACUUCAUGCCGCUGCUGUCCCCCCACAUCGCAUGGGACCCACUCUCCUGGUGCUCCUUUGCCUACAUCAUCUCCCACCGGGGUGCAGCGCGCCUGGUGGCGGGCUUUAAGGUGGACGACCCGCUCGACUCCCUCUGCAGGGCGGUGGCCAGUGGAUGUGAGCCACCUGCGAUCUCCCAUUUGACUUGCCACUGCCAAUCUCAAUGCCUGCUCUUCGCCAUCACCUACGAGUCCACUGCAACUCAGGGCAUGUUCCUACACCUCCUGUCAGCCCCACCUCGUGUCACACUCUCAUUGUACAGAGCGUUUCACACGUUUGAUCUGGUUCAGUUCGGUGCAAGGUGA